AUGAUUCAGUAUUUCUAUUUCAUGUUAUUGUGGCUUAUGAUAAACACUGGGGUUGACAAAUGUAUCACAGGAUUUGGUAGAAGGAAGUAUUGUUACGUCACAGUUGGUAUGUCCAGUAUACUAAGUUGUGUUUCCGGUAUUUUACAACAUUUUGAUAAACUCUCACAGAAUUGUGAGUAUCUCACGAUGGCUACAUUGGUGGUGUCAUUGCUGGCAAAAAUGACAGUUACAGCAGCAGACACUGUAUUAAUUGUUUAUACAACGGAAUUGUAUCCUACAGUAGUAAGUUUUAUUCCCGAAAGUGUUAGAUGGUUGGUCUCCAAGCUGAAGCUUGAACGUGCUGAGAGGACAAUCGAGUUUGUGGCAAAUGUAAACAGAGUGCAUAAACCUGAUCUGAAGAAUAUAUUCGAGACGGCGGUAAAAGAAAUAAAUACAACAUCAAACAAAAAUAAAACUUUUACUAUUGCAACAUUAUGGACGUCAAAAGAGCUGCGAAAUGUGACCAUAUCCUUGUGUUUUCUGUGGUUUGUUACAUCUGCUGCUUGGUAUGGCAUGACUCUCGGGAUGGAGAGCAUUUCUGUAAACAUUUACUUGAACAUGUUCCUCAUUAAUUUAGUGGAUGUACCUGCAGAUGCGCUUACCGGACCUUUAGUAAAUAGAUUUGGUAGAAGGAAAUACUGGUUCGUAAUAGUUUGUGUGUCAAGCAUACUAUGCGGUGUUUCUGGCAUAUUGCAGCAUUUUGAUAAACUCACACAGAAUUCUGCGCAUCUCACAGUUGCCACCUUGGUAGUAUCACUGCUGGCCAAAAUGACCGUUACAACGGCAAGCACUGCUUUAAUUAUCUAUACAACGGAGAUGUAUCCUACAGUAGUAAGAACUACAGGAUACGGUUUUCAAGCAACAUUUGGAAGGCUUGGUGCGGUUGCGUCCCCAUUGCUCAUACAUCUUUGCCAUCUAAACCAAUCAGCCAAGGACGCAUUGGAACCAAUACUACAAGGUGUUUUUGUAGACACUAUAAAGAUGUUUGCAAACUAUGUAGGGGAAAACCUAUCAAAAUUGGCAUAG